AUAUUAUACCCAGGCAAAAGGGAAAAAAUAAUUGAUAAUUUUAUUAUCGACUAUGGCUAUCGUAUAUAUUCUAGACAAUGAUGUAAACGACGUAAAGGAGGAAAGCGACUGAUACGACGUUGGUAUAUCGCUCUACACGACGUUCAUUGUUGUUUCUUUCGUGGAGAAGUGUCUUUAUCCAAUUUUUGAUUAAUAUAAAUGUUUAUAAAAUGGCUAGAGCUUCUAGCACGCUUGAGAUCUAUACAGAAAACGAUAGAGUCGCGAUCGUUGGUGAGUGUAGUAGAACAAAGUUGAAAAUUGAUAACAAAAGUAAAUUAAGUGAGAACAAAGCGAUGGCUGACACAGGAGAAUGCACCACGAAAGAGGAGAAGAGCAAAAUUUAUCUACAAUUGUUAUCAAGCAUAAUAAUUAAUCUAACAUUUUUCACGAGUGGAAUAUGUGUCAGCUGGCCAGCGUUUACUCUACCCAAGUUAAAACCAGGUUCUGACUUGGUCGUAAGCGACGACGACGGAGGUUGGAUAGUUUCCGCGUUAGGUUUAGGCGGGAUCGUCGGCCCUAUUGCAGUCGGAUUACUGCUCGAUCACACCGGCAGAAAAUGGUUCAUUUAUGCAACGAGCAUUCCAUUUAUCGCCUGCUGGGUACUUACGUACUUCGCAAAAUCUUGGGUGGAACUUUUCAUUGCGAGAUUCGCCUGUGGCAUAUCGAUCGGUGCUUUAUGCAGCAUAGUCCCGGUGUAUGUUGGAGAAAUCACAGAGCCAAAGAUCAGAGGAGCGAGCAGCGCAAUGUUUUCCAUCAUGCUCAAUCUCGGGUAUAUUUUCGGAUACGGUGUAGGCCCGUUAUUGGACAGAAAGGUGUUCGCGCUGGUUAGUUUGGUACCGACAGCCGUGUUUCUACUAACUGCUCCAUGGUUACCGGAAUCGCCUUAUCAUUACCUGAAGAAGAAAAAAGAGAAGGACGCCGCGCUAACCUUGGUAUGGCUAAGACGCAAGAAGAACAACGAUGACGAGAUAAAGCAGAUCAAAGAGUUAAUAGAAAGCGAAAGGGAAGGUAGAUUUAAGAACUUAUUCACGGAACCGUCGCACAGACUCUGGAUCCUGUUGCUGGUGAUUGCGGGUCAAACGUUGUGCGGUUUCAUGGCUAUCUUGUCCUACAGUAAUACUCUGGUUAAAAACUUCCAUCUAAAUUUCAAUUCUAAUACCAUUCUUCUUUUAAUAUUCGUGGUAUCGUUGAUAUCAAGUAUAUUAUCUUCGUGCUUCGUUGACAAAUUCGGUAGAAGAGUCGUUUUCCUCAGCUCAUCGUAUGGCACUACGCUAUGCCUUACUGUCAUUGGAGUGUAUUUCUUGCUUGAAUCUUUAAAAGUGAAGACCGGUGACAUAUCUUUGGUACCGAUGAUUGCUCUUGUGCUUUACAUUAUCGUUGUAGCAUUUGGCUUGCUCCCGAUUCCAGGGAUCAUCUCCUCGGAGAUAUUCCCAACAAAUAUGAAAGGUUGGGCGGUCAUGAUCGCUAAUGUUUGCGGAUCCGUGCUUAACAUGAUUGUGCCAAAAUGUUAUCAACUUGUAGUAACUCAUUCGGAAGAUUAUGUAAUAUUUUUCGCCUUUGCCGUCAUCCAACUUAUGAUCGCAAUCACUGCGACCAUCAUCUUGCCGGAAACGUCACGGAAGACAUUCAAAGAAAUUCAAGAAAUUCUGUCAAAAAACAAGACGAAAAAGAAUACAGACGAAAACGAAACAAAAUAAAAACAAAACCUGUUUGCAUUCUAUUUAUUCAAGUUUCUUCUGUGAUUUUCAUUGCGCCGUUAAAAUCCUAUUUCAAACUGUUUAACCAUCACGAGAAAACACGAGCGUCCCGGAUAUAUUCGUGCGCAUGUAUUGUCUGAAAAUCUUAACGCUGGAUAAAUAGAUAGAAUAUUAAAAGGAAAGGAUAGAAAAUAUUGUAUUGUAUUUCGUACUAAAUGUGAAGCAUCAGGAUGAGUAAAAUUACGCAUUCGUUUAUGUUCUCUUGCUGUUUGAUUCACGACCUCUCUAUUUGUAUCUUCAAUAUAAAAGAAUUUGAUCUCGUGAAUACAUCGACAGUGGGAAAGAAAAGGAAAAGAAGAUCAAAAUGUUAGUUAUAUAAGAAAAUAUAUAUGUACUUUCUUGUAAUUUUAAGCGAGAUGUGUUACGUGUGAUUGAAUUUUUCGAAUCAUUAUUAUUACGAUGUUUCUCAUCUUAGAGAAGAAGAUUAAUAAUAGUAUAUAUACUCUGUAUGUUAUUGUGCUAUGUAUACUUUAUGAAGGAAACUAUCAUUGUAAUAAAAAAAGCAAUACAAA